ACGCGGGGAAACAGAACCAGCGAGCGCCGCCGAUGGAGAAAGGACUGCUCGUGUAUGUGAACGGAGACCGUGUCUUGGUCAAAGAUGUCGAGCCCGAAGAAACUCUCCUGGAUUUCCUACGUAUCAAGCAGCGGUUGACCGGGACGAAGCUGGGUUGCGGGGAAGGGGGGUGUGGCGCGUGCAGUGUCAUCGUGUCUCGAGUGGACCCUACGACGCAGGAAGUUACGAACAAAGCCGUGAAUUCAUGCCUUACUCCGGUGUGUGCGAUCGAGGGAUGUGCCGUCACGACAGUGGAAGGCCUGCGGAAGGAGGACAAGACGCUUCAUCCCGUACAAAAAGCAAUCGCCGAGCACCAUGGUUCCCAGUGUGGUUUUUGCACGCCGGGCAUUGUCAUGGCCUUGACAGCUAUUGUUCAGGACGAUGCUGUCACAAUGGACGGUAUUGAACAUCAACUGGAUGGAAAUCUCUGUCGGUGCACGGGGUACCGUCCAAUCUUGGACGCCGCGAGAUCAUUUGGAAGCGACGCGUUGACAUUGAAAUGCGGGUCAUCCGCAUGCGAUCAGCACUGCAUGACAGGCGACAUUGAGGACAUUCUAUCCGUGAACAUUGUCUCGUGUAGCGCCAAGAAGAUUCGAGCGGAAGCAGUCAAGCACAUGUCGGCACGUGAUUUCAAGCUUCCCCAAUUUCCUGAGGAACUUCGCAUGCACGCGCUUAGAAUGGCGACUACACCUACCACCAUUGAUGGAACGACGCACACUUGGCACCGUCCUACGUCAUUAUUGCAGCUCCUACACCUGAAAACUAUACACCCGGAUGCCAAGUUAUCGGUCGGCCACUCAGAGAUUGGGAUCGAAGUCAAGUUCAAGCGCUUCAGGUACCCGCAAUUGAUCGCUGUAGGCCACGUGCCCGAGCUGAACGUUUUGAGUCUUUUUCAAGACGCGUCAUUUCACGGAAUCGAAGUCGGCGCUGCGGUGCCUCUGGUGCGGCUCGAUCAGUUUUGCAAAAUGCAUGUGGUUAAGACCAACGUCGCCAUCGCUCCACAUCAUAAACGGACGUUUGCAGCAAUUCGUCGAAUGCUCAAGUGGUUUGCGAGUGUCCAGAUCCGCAACGUGGCAUCCUUGGGUGGGAACCUUGCGACGGCCAGUCCGAUUGGCGACAUGAAUCCGCUCUUGACGGCCAUGGGGGCCAAGGUCGAGUUGGCGUUAGAAAACGAAAACUCAGUAUCGCGGCGCAUUGUCCCCCUGAAGGAAUUCUUUGUCAGCUACCGGCGCGUCGCCCUGGCGCCAACUGAAGUGAUCGUCCGAGUGCUCAUCCCCUUGGCGAAAGAGCACGAGUUCAUCUUCCCGUUCAAGCAAGCUAGGCGCCGCGAGGACGACAUCAGCAUCGUCACGGCAGGCAUGCGGGUAAACCUGGUCCCGGGGGACAAGGACUGGCACGUUGACGACAUUUCCCUUGUUUAUGGUGGUAUGGCGGCAACAAUCAAAGUGCCUGAAGCAACGCAGCAAGCCUUGCGAACGGCGAAGACUUGGAACCUGACGAAUGUCAAGGCAGCAUGCAAUGUCCUCGCGGUCGAACUGGCCCUGCCGGUCACAGUGCCUGGAGGCAUGUCAGCGUAUCGGACAACGCUAAGUGUGUCAUUUCUGUACAAAUUUUACCUUGAAGUGGUGGAAGCGCUGGGUCGUGCGAACCCACAGGACGCCCUUUGGCUAUCGUUGGACGAUCGGGAACGGUCAGGUGCUCAAUCGUACAUGACAGUGCACCGUCCGCCUUCAUCUGGAUUGCAGCGAUUUGGUAUUGAGAAGGGAGGGUUAAUGACGUCCAAGCUGGAGCCAUCUGGGUCCGGCACAGCCGUCCGCGCACCUGUGGGUCAUCCGCUCAUGCACCGGUCUGCGUAUGGCCAGGUAUCGGGGGAAGCAAAGUACGUGGACGACAUGGACGACGUAAACCAUGUCCUCCAUGGAGCGCUCGUGCUGUCGACUGUGCCACACGGAGACAUCGUGCGCAUCGAUGCGUCAAAAGCACUGAAGAUGCCGGGCGUCGUAGCUUUCCUGGAUGCGUCCGUCUUCAAUCUGGACACGUUCGGACACAAUGAAUUGGGUCCAGUCAUCCACGACGAAGAAUGCUUUGCGUCGAAUCGAGUGGUCACGGUGGGCCAGCCGCUCGGGAUUGUACUGGCUGCAACGCAUCAGCAGGCGACAGCGGCUGCCGAUGUGGGCGUUCAUGUCGAAUACAACACCCUGCCGUCGCUCGUUUCAAUUGACGAAGCCAUUUCUGCCCAGUCGUUCCACACGAAGGGCCACACCCUCGUCCGCGGGAACGUUGAGGCUGCGUUCGCUGCGAGUGAUGUGGUCGUGGAAGGACAAAUUUACAUUGGUGGCCAAGAACACUUUUACCUCGAGACAAACGUUAGCUACUGCAUCCCGAUGGAAGACGGCGCGAUGCACGUCACUAGCUCAACGCAGGCUGUCGCAAAGACUCAAGCGUGCGUCGCGCAGUGUCUUGGAAUUCCUGCGCACAAAGUCGUAGCAUGUGUCAAGCGAAUGGGCGGCGGGUUUGGAGGCAAGGAAACGCGUUCCGUGUUUGUAGCAUGUGCUGCGGCGGUGGCAGCUAAGGCGUUGAAGCGACCUGUGCGAUUGCUGGUCGAGCGCAGCGUGGACAUGCUAACGUCUGGAACGCGGCAUCCAUACUUUGCCAAAUACAAAGCUGGGGCAACAAAGGAUGGCAAGUUGCUCGCGUAUGAUGUCGAGUUGUUCAACAACGCGGGGUACUCGCUGGACUUGUCUGAGGCCGUGAUGGACCGAGCGCUGUUUCAUUGUGAAAACGCGUACUUUGUGCCGAACGUGCGCGCCGUCGGUAAAUGCUGCAAGACAAAUCUUCCUACGAAUACGGCGUUUCGAGGGUUUGGCGCCCCCCAAGGUAUGAUGGUGGGGGAGACCAUGAUCGAGCACCUGGCAAGCACCCUCCAGAUGCAGGCCAAGGAUGUCCGAGAAAUUAACUUGUACAAGGCCAACAUGCGAACGCACUUCGGUCAAGUGCUGACGGACUUUCACUUGGACGCUUUGUGGGCAAGAGCCCUUCGGGAAAGUCGCUACGACGAGCGAUUGGCAAAAGUCGAAACAUUCAAUCGGCAAAACAAGUGGAAGAAACAAGGGCUGUCGAUUCUCCCCUCCAAGUUUGGCAUUAGCUUUACCAACAAGUUUAUGAACCAAGGCGGGUCCCUCGUUCACGUGUAUUCGGACGGCAGCGUCUUGGUAUCACAUGGAGGCACGGAAAUGGGCCAAGGACUCCACACUAAAGUCAUUCAGAUCGUCGCCAAAGCAUUUGGUAUUUCGUGCGACGACGUGACCAUCCACGACACUUCCACCGACAAAGUGGCAAACUCACAACCAUCCGCGGCGUCCAUGAGCACCGAUUUGUACGGGAUGGCGACGCUAGACGCCUGUGAGCAGAUCCUCGAGCGGUUGAAACCUGUCGUGGCCAAGCUUGGUCCCAAUGCCACGUUUGCACAAGUCACGCGUGCUGCGUACUUUGACCGGAUUUGCCUAUCUGCCCAUGGGUUUUUCAUUGUUCCAGGUGAAAAUUGCGGCUACGACUGGUCCAAGUCUGUUGACGAGAACAGCGCAACUGGUCAGGCUUUCAAUUACUUUACCACCGGGGUCUGCGUCACUCAAGUGGAGCUCGAUGUCCUCACGGGCGACACGCACAUGCAAACGGUGGACAUUUACAUGGACAUUGGGGCGUCGAUCAAUCCAGCGAUCGAUAUUGGGCAGAUCGAAGGCGCGUUCAUCCAGGGCUUUGGACUCUUUUGUAUGGAGCAGCACGUGUGGGGAGACGCCAAUCAUCCUUGGAUUCCCCGCGGCGCGUUUUUCACGCGUGGCCCUGGCACGUACAAAAUCCCUGCUUUCAACGACGUCCCGCUGCAGUUUAACGUGUGGCUUGAGCCCAAUAUGAAGAACAAGCUCGCGGUGCACUCGUCCAAGGCGAUCGGAGAGCCCCCGCUUUUCCUAGGCGCCACAGCCUACUUCGCCAUCAAGGCGGCCAUCGAUGCAGCCCGCCUCGAGCAUAUUGGGGAGGACGGUGGUCGAUCGUUCCAGAUGCUACCGUCGCCGCUGACGCCUGAACGAGCCCGCCUUGCUGUGCAGGACGCUUUGUGUGUGACGACUCCCAUACCUUAUGGAUGCUAUUGAGUCCAUUCGAUACCAACAGGGUGGCGUCGAGAAUGUGCGACAAAGACAGUUGAUAUCCAUUCUUGAUGUGAGAUUGCUGAUGCCAACUAUUUGGAAUGGGACUCGAAUUGAGCCCCGCUGUCCUGCGUGUUGUGGCGACAGAACUGCUCCAAAUCAGCGGCAGACGAGGACAACGAUUGUCUCGCCUUCGUCGGUCGCGGCAAUCUCGCGGAAAAAUUCACCCCGUUUGAGCCAGCGCUGAUGAGCGAGGAGCCCCAUCUCGACGUCGGCGCCGACUUGCUUGAAAUCGCUUCAUAAAUUCGGGUGUCUUCAUGCUCCUAGAUUCAUGCCAGGUGCUGAUGGAGUUCCGUCUCGGUCGAGCUGCGUGGACGGCGUUUUAUUCAACCACUGGAGCAUGUCCUGCUGUCGUAUUACCCAGUGGCAGUAAAACUUUUCCAGGUGAAACCAGGUUGACCCGACCGCCGCUUUCGGCUUCGCGAAUCGAUCACAACACCUUUCAAGACGGACGCGAACGGAGAGACUCGAUCAGGAUCGACGUAAUCUGGUACACAUGGGUCGGCGUGAUCACCGGGCCGUCCACGUACGACGCCAAGUUCAAUGAGGCUAUGGAGGUGGCGCGUCGAGCCACGAGCAUUCGGGAUCGCAUGGCAGACGAGAUCAUGAACGAGUGCCUCUCGUGUCGCGCAAUCGAGGGGCGUUCCUAAACCUGUGCACCCCUGGCGUGCACCAAAGCUAGGGAGGGUUGUCCAGGAUGAGCGCAAGCGUGUCUUUGGACAACAGCGUUUCGUUCAUUCACGUUGGAUUGCGAUGGGAGAGGUCGUGGUUGCAUGCAGAAGGUACGAGGG